UUCCCGGCAGUGUGGGCGGUUUCCAUGGAGGCGGGGCGGGAGCGGCGGCGGCGCGCGAUGCUGACGUCACAGUCGGCGGCUCGCGGGACGCCACGUGCAGGGAACAGGAGGUAGAACAGAAUGUCUUUCCGGGGAAGAGGAGGAAGGGGAGGAGGCUUCAACCGUGGAGGAGGUGGCGGUGACAGAGGUGGCUUUAACCGUGGUGGCCGAGGUGGCUUUGGACGGGGAGGUGGCCGAGGAGGCUUCAACAGAGGCGGAUAUGACCAAGGACCUCCGGAAAGGGUCGUGUUGUUGGGAGAGUUCAUGCAUCCGUGUGAAGAUGACAUUGUUUGUAAAUGUAAAACAGAAGAAAACAAGGUGCCUUAUUUCAAUGCCCCGGUGUACUUGGACAAUAAGGAGCAGAUUGGCAAAGUGGAUGAGAUCUUCGGGCAGCUGAGAGAUUUUUAUUUUUCCGUGAAACUUUCUGAGAACAUGAGAGCCUCUUCAUUUAAAAAAAUGCAAAAGUUUUACAUUGAUCCAGCAAAGCUGCUGCCUCUUCAGAGGUUUUUGCCAAGGCCACCUGGAGAAAAAGGUGCUCCCAGAGGAGGUGGUAGAGGAGGACGGGGAGGAGGAAGAGGUGGUGGUAGAGGAGGAUUUGGAGGAGGAAGAGGUGGAGGAAGAGGAGGAGGAUUCAGAGGAGGAAGAGGUGGAGGUGGAGGAUUCAGGGGAGGAAGAGGUGGUGGAGGAGGCUUUAGGGGAAGAGGCCAUUAAAUGUGGAGCCACAGAUAUUUCCCUGAUGUCUUACCAUACCAGCUGCAGAAGUGAAGAACAAGGAAAAUCUUUUGUAAAAGUCCCUGAAAAAGUUCUUUUUGUAAAGAACUUGGAGAAUGAAAAUUGUUUUUACACUUAAAGACUGUUGGGCAGCAUAAGUGGAGAGUGGAGUUCAGUCAGAACUGAAGACUGCUCAGAAUAUACUUGAACAUCUUUGACUAAGCCAGGAUUCAAUGUUAUUCUUAAACCAUUUCUGACAAGUGACAGUCACCUCAUGUGAUCUCAUAGUGAGUUCAUGUUGGAGUUUGGAGCAAACAAUCAGUUGCAGUGCUUUUUUUCAUAAAACUCAUCAGGUUCACUACAUGCAUAUUUGUCACAAUGAAGCUGUUACUUCUGUGACUGAUCCCCAGUUCUCAUCCUCUUUUUAUAUUGAAAGUUCUGAAUCUUGCUCAGAAGUGGACAUGCUGUUUAAACAUCCUUUGUGAGUCCUUUUUUACAAACUAAACUUCAAAAUUUUGUGUUGAUAGGGUUUUUUAUAUGUAAUAUAUAUAAAAAAGAGAGCAAAG